AUGCUUUUGCUAUUGGUCGUGUCGGUGCGAGCCGACUUUUGGGAUGAUCUGGUCGAUACGGCGAAAUCGGCCGGGAAAUCGGUCGGCUCAUUCGUCGACGAGACGGUCGUCCCGGCGGCGAAGACGGCCGGCUCAGCAAUUUCUGGUGGAGCUUCGGAUGCGGCCACAUGGGUAAACGACAAAGCGGUGCCCGCCGUGAAGACUGCCGCCGUUGAUACGCACGAUUGGGUCCGUGACACCGGAGUGCCCGCCGUGCAGAAAGCCGGUCAAGACGUGCAUCAAGCAGCUUCAGAUACCUUCUCCGAUAAG